GUUACCUGUCCAAAGUGUUGAGGAACUACAGCGAGGAGGCCUGUGACGGAGACUUUCUGUCCGUUCGCUGCCCGCCCCGCACCACCAUCACCGUCCAAUCAGCUUUCUACGGGAGGAAAGGAGCCUCCGACCCCAAACAGUGCCCUCAGAGCUACCAGGCCCUCUUUAGUUCUUAUAACCCGCGGGACGAUGACCGAUAUUGUUCUGUGUCCACAGCACUACAGAAAAUGCUGGACGAGUGCCAAGACAGAAGGAGUUGUCAAGUCCUUGUCAACAGCCGCGUGUUCGGGACGGACCAGUGUCCCGGCAGCAGCAAAUACCUCAUUGUCUGGUACAAAUGCAGACCUA